ACAUCACCCGAUUUAAACAAGUAUAAAUGAUCGCAGUUGCUUAAUAUACAGGUUAAUAUUCAUCAAACUGGGCAGAGAGUCUCAAAAUAGCAACGUCGUCGGCAGGAGCACGCCGCCGCGCAGCUCAGUGAGACUAAACGAGCGCCCCCUUCACGACGCUUUCAGGAAGUCGGUCCGGUUUUGUUGUAUUGUUGCACGGGACUCUCGGAGUGGCUUUCAAACUGAGGAAACACCGCUUAACAUUAGUAUUACCACACACAAACCACAGCCUGUUUUUAUUUACACACACACAUAAACAUAUUCCCGAUAGAUAAGCCGCUGUCACGAUGCCACCUAAGAAACGCGGCUCCGGAGCAGCGCAGAUGAAGGAGGUGAAGUCCGCUGUUAAAAGUGCCUCCCCAGACAAGAAGGAAAGCCCCGAGCUGUCUGUGAAAAAACACAGAGAAAAGGAUGCUGAUUUCGUGAGCCUGUGCAAGAGUCUCCAUGUGACGGACACCGUGUGUGAUCAGGCCUGGGUGUUGUGGAAGAGUGUGCAGGACUCUGUGGAGGCAGGCGCGGACAGCCAAAAAAAGCUGUGGAGCGCUUGCCUGUUUGUGACCGUGACAGACUUGGAUGUUGCCUGUUUUACCUUAACUCAGGUUCAGAAGGAAGUGGAUCUGAAUGUGAAUCAGUUCUUGGCUCUGGUGAGGAAGCUGGAUGUGAACUUGGACACAAUAAGCACCAGGGUCGAUUCAGUUCUGACACGACUGAAGAAGAAGUUUGAUGUGACACUAGCUCUCUACCAGCGGUUUGAGAAAAUAUGCGCAAAAAUCUUUGCUUCAGGUUCGGCUGCCAAGGAAAAAGAGACCAUGCGGAGCUGCUGGACAAUGUUUCUGUUAGCCAAAGGAAGGGCCUUACAGAUGGAGGAUGACCUGGUCAUAUCGUUCCAGCUGCUGCUGUGUGUGCUUGAGUUCUUCAUCAAGCGCUGCCCGGCAGAUCUUCUGCAGCCUCUCUACCAAUCAGCCAUCAACAGAGGUCAGAGCCCCCCAACGCGAACGUCUCGUCGCAACCAGAGCAAAGCCAAGCCGCGGCCUCCAGAGCCAGAGGUGGAUAUGCAGCUUCUCGAGACACUGUGCAAGGAGAAUGACUGCAACGCAGAAGAGGUGAAGAAUGUGUACCAGACCAGUUUCUCUGCUUUCCUUGAGUCAAUGGAUUUGUCAAGAUCCCUGGAUUUUCCUCAGGCAAAUGACCUCAACCAACAGUAUGAAGAGCACUACCUCAAGAGUAGAGACUUUGAUGGACGGCUGUUUUUGGAUGGAGACGAAACUCUUCUCGACCAUAAAUUAGAGAUGUCGCAGGUGGAGAGAACACCAAAGAAGAACGUUCGAGAAGAAGAACCUGUGCUCAUCGCACCCCAGACUCCAGUCAGAGCUGCCAUGAGCUCCAUUCAGCAGCUGAGGGUCGAUCUCACCUCCAGUGGGGACCAGCCGUCUGCUAACCUGGUCACAUAUUUCAAAAACUGCACGGUGGAUCCUACAGAGGAAGUGCUGAAGCGUGUGGAGACACUGGGACAGGUGUUCGGCCAGAGGUUCGGUCAGGCAGUCGGUCCACGCUGUGUGGCUCUUGGCAAGCAGAGGUUCACCCUCGGUGUCCGGCUGUAUUACAGAGUCAUGGAGUCGAUGCUAAAAUCGGAGGAGAAGAGACUGUCAGUGCAGAAUUUCAGUAAACUUCUCAAUGACUCCACAUUCCACACCUCACUUCUGGCCUGUGCUCUGGAAGUCGUCAUGGCAACAUACGGAGGGAGCUCUUUUAAGACCGGAGGAUACAACCAAGGAAGUAGUGGUGACCCAGCUGAAGACCUGUGCUUCCCCUGGAUAUUGGAUGUGUUCAAUCUAGCUGCCUUUGAUUUCUAUAAAGUCAUCGAGAGCUUCAUCAAGGCCGAGCCCACCCUGAGCAAAGAGAUUGUCAAACAUCUGGAGAGCUGCGAACACCUCAUCAUGGAGAACAUCGCAUGGAGGAUGGGCUCCCCUCUGUUUGAGCUGCUGAAACAGACACAGGAGGCCCCAGCUGAGCAGGUGGAGACCCCUGCAGCUUUUACCCAGCCGCUGCAGCACAACCACACCGCCGCUGACCUGUAUCUGUCGCCCAUGCGCCCAGGCCACCGUGUCCUGCCUCCUGAGUCAGCGGCCACACCGGGCCCCCAGCCUGUCGCUCAGGCUCCUUCUCAGCCUACUGGCCAAACCCCACGACCUCCAAGGUCCAAUUCUCUCAACCUCUUCUACAAAAAACUGUACCGACUGGCCUACAUGAGGCUGAAGAUGCUCUGCUCCUACCUGCUGCCCUCCCACCCUGACCUGGAGCACAUCAUGUGGACGCUCUUCCAGCACACUCUGCAGCACGAGUACGAGCUGAUGAGAGACCGUCACCUGGACCAGUUGAUGAUGUCAGCCAUGUAUGCUAUAUGCAAAGUGAAGAAUGUCGAUCUGCGGUUUAAAACCAUUGUGACGUCAUAUAAGAACAUGCCCAACACCAACCAGGAGACCUUUAAGCAUGUGUUGAUCACUGAGGGGCACUAUGACUCCAUCAUCGUCUUCUACAACCAGGUUUUCAUACAGAAGCUGAAAACCAUCAUCCUUCAGUAUGCCUCUCCCAGGCCCCCUACCCUCUCUCCAAUCCCACAGAUCCCAUGCAGCCCAUACAAGUUUCCCAGCUCCCCUCUCCGUGUGCCCGGCAGCAACAACGUGUACAUCUCCCCCAUGAAAAACCCACGCCUGUCUCCCGGGAUCAUGACUCCUCGUUCCAGAAUGCUGGUAUCAAUUGGUGAAUCUUUUGGGCUAUCCAGCCGCUUCCAGAAGAUCAACCAGAUGGUCAACAGCAGCAACCUCAAUGUCAAGAGGUCUCUGGAUCUUGACUCCACACCGAAGCCCCUGAAGAGGUUACGGUUUGAUGUGGAUGGGCAAGAUGAAGCCGAUGGCAGCAAAACUAGUCGAGAUUCUACACUGAUACAGAGACUUGCAGAAAUGAGCUCCGCUCGGAGCCGCAUUCAGGAGCAGAACAUGAAGGAAGAUGCAGAAUCAAGGAAGGAAUAAUUGUAAAAGCUACUGAGCCCACCUGCACUGUUUGCCACUACAUGAAACAAAAGUUUUUCCGUGCAUUUAGUAUUAGAUUUUAGUUUAUAUUUAACUUGUUUUCAGAAACCUGUUUUCUUUAAGGAGUACUCUGUGAAUAUAGGGAACUUAUUCCUUUUUUGUUGGUACUUUAACUGAGUGUUUUAACAAAAUGUUUUUUGCGCAUCAUGAAUUUGAAUGAAUUAUGGGAAUUUAAGGUUGUUUGGUCAUGUUUUAAGAGUGUUUCACUUUGUAAUAUACUUUAAUGAAUAAUCUCCUUUGCCAAUGCAGCAUGACAGUACAUUGCUAUUUUUCUUGUUGCAUAUUUCAAAACAGUAAGUUGAGCCUCAGCCCUGUCUGACUCUUAGAACUGUUGACCUACUUCUUUUUGACAGCGAAAGUUGUUAACUCAAAUGUUUCAAUCAUGAUGCAACAUUUCAGGUGUUUUAGAUCAUGAUCGCUCACUUCAGAAUGGAUAAACUGUCAGCCUCAGGGAAAUCAAGUGUGUCUUUUCCUUGCAUCAGUUUUAGUUAUAAAAUGAUAUUUUACAUUGGAAUAACUCUUUUGCCUACAUAACUCAGUCCAAUUCUGGCACCUUCCAGCAUCACCUGGAUCUUCUUAGCUGUAUUUGUUCAGUGUAUGUCUUAAAAGUAUAAUUUUUAGAUGAGUUAAGUAAGUGGUAUUGACUACGAGUGUCCUAAGCAUCCAAAAUUGACUGUUUGAGUUCCUAGAGGCAUGUGUCCCCAAAGUGAGAAUGACACACUCAAAUGAAAUAUCACCUUAUUCACUGAUAUUCAGGCCGUUUUCUUCAGUGCAUUCUCUGUAAAAGGAUUAGGUCACAGUCAAAUCAGUGUUUCACUUUUGAUAAAAUGUUUAUAGUUUUAUAUUGUUUUAUUUUACAUCCAGGUGUCUAAAAAAAAUCAUAUUUAAAGUGCAUACACCUACUGGUGUGGAUGAUCAGAAAUAUAUGUUUCUACUCUAAGUCAAACUUUUCAACAAAUAAUAUUUCCUGUUUUGCAAAUAUGGUAACGAGAGUUGGGAGCUUAGAGGGAAGUGAGCACACACCAGACGGAACAAAUAAUGUCUGAGGUCACAGCUGAUGAGCAGAUUUAAAAACGGUCAUGUGCUCAAGUGAAAUAUUGCUGUAAAUAUAAAUCAGCUGCCAGGUUCUUUAAAUUAAAAUGUGUUAAUAAAUUGUACUUUAUUGAAGUAGUUAUAUGAAGAAUGUAGUAAAUGUUUCCUAGGAUAAUA